AGUACAUGGGAAGCUGCACAUUCAUCGUUGUAACCUUUAGAGGGCGCCAAGUCACCCCAGAUCAGAGCCUUCUCAGCGGACACAGGAAUUGUGGUUUUGGGACCGAACUUCUAAAGCCCACUCUUGUGCCAUUAAGUCUCUUAAUUGUCACAGAAGCUACAAAAAAGGAGAAGGUGAUUUAGUUUGAAAGGAAAUUUGAAGAACAGCAUGCCCUCCCCCAAGAUGGCAGCAUCAGAAGAAGAGUUACGGCUGCCGCGGCUGCCCAAGCUGUUUGAAACCAGCAAGCAGCUCCUGGACCAAGUAGAAGUAGCAACUGAACCCACCGGUUCCCGGAUGGUCCAGGACAAAGUGUUCAAGGGAUUAGACCUCCUUGGGAAAGCCGCCGAAAUGUUAACGCAGCUCGACUUGUUCAGCCAAAAUGAAGAUUUGGAAGAGAUUGCUUCCACCGAUCUGAAGUACUUGAUGGUGCCAGCGUUUCAAGGAGCCCUCACCAUGAAACAAGUGAACCCCAGCAAGCGCCUAGAUCAUUUGCAGCGGGCCCGAGAACAUUUUAUAAACUACCUAACUCAGUGCCAUUACUAUCAUGUGGCAGAGUUUCAGCUGCCCAAAAUCAGGAACAACUCAGCUGAAAAUAGCACUACUAGUUCCUCCAUGGCCUAUCCUAACCUCGUUGCUAUGGCAUCUCAAAGACAGGCUAAAAUAGAGAGAUACAAGCAGAAGAAGGAGGUGGAGAAUAGGUUGUCGGCACUGAAAUCUGCUGUGGAAAGUGGUCAAGCAGAUGACGACUGUGUUCGUGAAUAUUAUCGCCUUCACCUUCGGAGGUGGAUUGGUAUCAGCUUGGAAGAGAUUGAGAGCAUUGACCAGGAGAUAAGAAUCCUGAGAGAAAAAGACUCUUCCAAAGAGGCAUCAACAUCUCACUCAUCUCAUCAGGAAAGGCCUCCAAUGAAACCCUUCAUUCUCACUCGGAAUGCUACCCAAGCCAAAGUGUUUGGAGCUGGCUAUCCGAGUCUGGCAACCAUGACUGUGAGCGACUGGUACGAUCAGCAUCGCAAGUACGGAGCAUUUCCAGAUCAAGGAAUAGCCAAGACCCCAGCUGAGUUCAAAAGAUCAGCUCAACAACAGGAAGACAAAGAACAAAAUGAGGAAGAGGAGGACGAAAACACAAUCCACCGAGCAAGGGAGUGGGAUGACUGGAAGGACACCCAUCCAAGGGGCUAUGGAAACCGACAGAACAUGGGCUAAGCUUCCCCAAACCGGAUAGGACUGCAGGGCGCACACCUUCCCUACCAAGGAAAACCAUGCAGUCUCCCCUCCCUGGGCUCCUGCUUCAGCUGUGUACAACGAAGGCAAGGACAGUAAAUCUUGCCUUGCGUUUAAUAAAGUGUUGGGUGAUUUAAAAAAAAAAAUAAAGAACAGCAUGCAUUUAUGGAUCAGGAAUAUUGAAAUGAAUAUGCAAAUGAAGGGAAAAUUGGCUUUUUCCACAGUGGAGAGGGGACCCAAUUAAACCUCCCCACGUGGGCAUAAUCUGUAUUUGUAUUGAUAAGAAUUAUUUUCAUUGCUUUUAGUUAUAUAUAGUUUAUUGAGUUACAACCUUGUUCUCAUAGAAUAAAAGCCAAAUAACCU